UGCGCGCCAGGGAACAGUUACCAUAGCGUUUCUGCGACCUGCUGAGUGAGUUGAUUUAACUUCUCGUUGCUCGUCCUUCACUAAACAAGGGCAUGAAACAUUUCUCCUGAAUUCAGACAGUUAAAAAAAAAAAAAAAAAAAAAAAAAACAUUUCUAGCUGAUGCUGUGUGAUUUCACACUAUUUGACAGUAAGCCAUUUAUGUGACGCACCUGCACUGCCGAAAAAACACUUAUGCGGUGGAAAUCUCCGUUUGGGUUUGGAAAGAAAUGACUGUUUAUUGUGGGUUUCCCAUGAAAGAGAUGAACUGCUUCGGUCGCAGGUUUAGACGCACAGCUCCCACUCAUGGCAGCAGCAAAAGUGAGCUGGUCCCCUUCAGGACCCCAAGGAUCAACGGAUGGUCGUGGCCCCUUCAGCCCCUUCAAGUGAUCGGGUGGGUGGUGUACAUCUACCUCGCCGUAGUCUCCUUUGGGAUCUUCAUCCCCCUCCUGCCUUGGCCAUGGAAUGCCAUGAGCUAUGCUAUUUCUGGCUCAUCAUUUUUGCUACACUUUUUCACUAACAUUGCUACUGUGACUAUAGAUCCAGCAGAUCCGACCGUUCGGGCCAAAAAGAACUAUUCCUCUCCUCUGCCUCUUUUUGACAAGGCAAAACAAGCACAUGUCAUCCAGGACCUUCACUGUUACCUAUGUGAUGUCAAGGUUGGCCCCAAAGUGAAACAUUGUGGAAUUUGCAACAAAUGUGUGGAAGGCUUUGAUCAUCAUUGCAAAUGGCUGAACACUUGUGUGGGUCAGAGGAACUACUGGUUCUUCUUUGUGGCCCUAAUUUCAGCCAUCCUCGCAGUCUUCAUGCUCACUGUUGUCAUUUUGUUCAUAUUUGUCCAACAUUACCUGGAUCCGCACAUUUUACGGACUGCACCACAGUUUGGGACAAUGCUGGGGAAUACAACGUGGCUGGUGUUCCUGCCAUUAGCUCCUGUAAAGAUGAGUUCAGCUGGUCUCCUUACAUUAGCCUUCGUAACGGUUCUGCUGUGCGUCGUCUGCAUGUUGCUGUUCUGUCACUUGCUGGGAUUUCACCUUUACCUGUUUUACAAAGGCAUAAGCACAUAUGAUCACGUAAAGAGCAAGCGAGAGAAACAAGACAGAAGACAAAAGACUGAAUCUAAAAGUGCAAGCGCCUGCUCUUCAAAAUCUUAUACAGGCUCUCAAAAGAACCGAGAUGCAUCAAAUAAUUGUGAGCAAACGUUACCACAGAGUCCAAGUUUCUUCAGAUUUGCCAACACAAAUCAACUUUCCAGCAGACUGUCAGACUCUAUAUGUACAGAGCUGGAAAACUUUAAGAAGUCUGCAGAAAAAGAGAAUAGUUUCAAUUAUGGGACAGAAAAUCCAACACAGAAUGAAACAAGGCCGAUAUCAAUGAGCGUCAUCAUGAGUCCGAAGCCUGACAGACAUGAGGAAGAUCAGGGAACCAGUGAAAAGUUCACUCCUGAGGCACAGGACCCUCUGGGCUGCUCAGUUAUGGCUCGGGAUCCUACAUCUCAGUGACCGUCUGAAAAGAGAUGGGAGCUGAUGCCAUCAGGAACAAGUUGCUGCUUGGGUCAGAAUUAUUGGUACAUUAACACUGUAACCCUAAAUUGAUAGUUAUUUUCAGAAAUAAUUGAAACGUGUUUGAUUUAGUGUAAUCACGGUAGAUAAAUAGAUGCAGACAUUGUUCGGCUUUGCACACAUCACAAUGGUUUGAUAUUUGAACUUCUCGUAUUUUGUAUCAAUCUUCUUAUGUCGUUUUGGUCUAAGGCAGAUUUGGGAGAUAUUUAUGUUGGUAUUAAGGACUGGAAUAUUUUUAAUCAGUUAAGUUCCUCACUUCACAUUCAGUCACUUGAUCAAUUAUUUAAGAACUUCUUUAGCUGAAGCCCAAGCCACUCAGUCCUGAAGAAGUUCUAAAUCUUCAAAUGCUAGUUGAUUAUUGGUUAAAGUUUUUGGAAGCAGGAGUCUUACAUUUUUAUAUCUGUGGGCAGAUGUCUCUUGUAGCCCUUCUGGUUCUGUGUAUGCAGCUCAGGCUAUCAACCCAAACCAUCAAUCCAAAUUUCUCCAGCAGUUUCUUUUUUCUUCCAUCAUAAACACUAAACCCAUCUGCACAAUAAAAUUGAAAUCUAAAUGUUUAUCUUGUAAUCUCUUAGCCCGCUGUUAGUUUGAGGAACAGCGAAAUAAGAUAUCUUCUGCUUGUUUUGUGUCAUUUUUUUUUAAUGACAGUUCAAUUUUGCACAAAGUUAGUUGAAUUGUUCCUUUUCUGAAUGUUUUCAAACACAAAGGGUUACAUUUUAGGGAUACCAAUAAUUCUUCCCUACUUUGAAAAUAUGCUUCAUGAAACUGAAGCACCACAUUUAUUUCUCUGUAUGUCGAUGAAGAGUGUUUUGGAGCUGAAACCACAGUUGCUAAACAGAUUGGAUGUGGGGGAGAGGGGUUGUUUUGUUUUAUUGUUUAAUUUCUCAAAGGAUAUUUUGUAUGAUUUAACGUCUAUCUAUUUUUAUUUCUCGCAUUGUAAUUUUUUUUUCCCUCAAGUUUUUCUUAAAAUAUUUAAAGCUUUGUUUGUACAGAGAUUAAAGUUCUGAUACUGUAACUUUGCUUUUAUUACACACUCUUAUUUAAUUAAAUUUUUUUUUUUAGCUAUUUUUACCCCUGAUGUGUGCUAAUUGUUUGUCUGGUACACCUGAAUUUCCCCGCUGAUGGCUUAGACAGGACAGCCUCUAUUUUGUUUUAUCGAAAUCCACAUGCACAUCUGCGCGUUGACCACACGGAGGCGCGUUUGAAUCAGAUUGAACAGCCAAUUAUGUCAUCCGUGAUUACAGUCUGCUCGAUCUGCUUUCAUCAUGAUCAACCAUGCCACCGUUCUGAAGUGUUUUCACCACUUCCUGCUGCAUGCAUUUAAGAUAUGCAUCUGAUGUGAGGAAAGGAAAGAAAAAAACUGGAGAUGCUUCACCAUAAGGAGUGCAGGGAUUACAUAACCUCCAUCCAUGUCCAGCACAUCAUACUCUGAUUGCGUAAUAACCUCAGCGCACUGGACAUCAAGAAA